AUGCCCCCACAUAUCCCCACAUUCUGCCAGUCCUUGGACGAUGCAUCCAGCGUGGCCGCUGCCUACCAAGUGGGCCGCACCGAAGCCGCGGCGGCCACUGCACUGUUGAAAUCAGUGAGUUCGUCCACCCGAACUAAGCUGAAGGAUUUGGUCAGGCUCGAGGCCGCAUUGCUGCAAACGACGUGGUCGCAAACAGAGCUCAACAUCCAGAAUGACAUGAACGCUCUGCGGGGAUGGGCCGACAAGUUCAAGCUCUUCGCAAGUCAGCAGGGUGGGCUCGAUUUGCAGUACCUCUCCACUCGCUUUCAGAAGGGGAAGGAUGCUGUUCAACAACGCGGCGUCGAUGCGACUGGUGACAUCCUCGCCAAGCUACUGGAAGGUCUCGAGUUGCAGGAUUCCCGCCCAGUCCUAGUGGUGGAUUGUUUGCCCAAUCGGUUUGGAGAGUGGUCCAUUUCCUGCGCCAACAAGCAGCUGUCAGUGUUGGUGGAUGGAAGGGAGGGAGAUGCCAGCACCACCGUGGAUCACAUCCCAUGGAUGAUCACGUCAGACCUUGAUGUGGUCGCGUUGGUGACCACCAGCGAUGGGAGCGCAAACAAGAAAUUGAUGACGGUCGCGGACGUUUUGCGCUUCGUAACCCGAACCCGCGGCAUCACUGAAGUGACCAUGGUCGAUCACGACCUGGAACCAAUGACGAAGGAUGAAUUGUGA